GCCAAGAAGAAGAAGAAGAGAAAGCCGCGCAAGAAGAAGAAGGCGGGCGCGAACGCGUCGACGCAAUCCGACCCGCCGCGGGUGCCGGUCUCGCAGCUCUUCCCCUCCAAGACGUACCCGGAGGGCCAGAUUGAGGAGUACCGCGACGAAAACACGUUCCGCACGACGUCGGAGGAGAAGCGGCACCUGGACCGCAUGAACAACGACUUCCUGAACGAGUACCGCCAGGGAGCCGAGGUGCACCGCCAGGUGCGGCAGUGGGCGCAGCGCACCAUCAAGCCGGGCAUGACGCUCACGGAAAUCGCAGAGGGCAUCGAGGACGGCGUGCGCCAUCUGACGGGCCACCAGGGCCUGGAGGAGGGCGACAACAUCCGCGGCGGCAUGGGCUUCCCCACGGGCCUGAGCUUGAACCACUGCGCCGCCCACUACACGCCUAAUGCCGGCAACAAGAUCGUCCUGCAGCACGAGGACGUCAUGAAGGUCGAUUUUGGCGUCCACGUCAAUGGCCGCAUCGUCGACAGCGCCUUCACCGUCGCCUUCGACCACAAGUACGACCCGCUGCUCGCGGCCGUCAAGGACGCCACCAACACGGGUAUCAAGGAAGCCGGCAUCGACGUGCGCAUGUCCGACAUUGGCGCCGCGAUCCAAGAAGUCAUGGAAUCGUAUGAAGUGACGCUGGACGGGCAAACGCACCAAGUGAAGUGCAUCCGCAACCUGAACGGGCACAACAUCAACCAGUACGAGAUCCACGGCGGCAAGUCGGUACCGAUCGUCAAAGGGUCAGACCAAACGAAGAUGGAAGAAGGCGAGACAUUCGCCAUCGAAACCUUCGGCUCCACCGGCAAGGGCUACGUGCGCGACGACCUCGAGACGUCGCACUACGCGAAGUGCGUCGACGCGCCCAAGGUCGCGCUGCGCGUGUCGUCGGCCAAGACGCUGCUGAACAGCAUCACGAAGAACUUUGGCACGCUGCCGUUCUGCCGUCGCUAUUUGGACCGCCUGGGCCACGACAAGUACCUCUUGGGCUUGAACAACCUCGUCCAAGCUGGCAUUGUCGAGGCGUAUCCUCCGCUCUGCGAUGUCAAGGGCUCGUAUACCGCCCAGUAUGAGCAUACGAUUUUGCUGAGGCCCAAUGUCAAGGAGGUUAUUUCUAGGGGCGACGAUUAUUAG